UUGAUAAGAUUCCUAUAUAAAUUCUCCUAAAAAUUAGGAUUCAAUCAGAUAGUAGCAACAUUGCUGAAAUCACAAUGAAGAUCGCACUUCUGGCUUUAUUCAUUACUUAUGCUGUGGCGCUCCCCAGCGAUAAUGAAGACAUUAUUCCAGUCCCUGGAGGACGUUCUGGCUGGGGUACCACCACGCGUUAUUGGGACUGCUGUAAACCUUCCUGCGCUUGGGUAGAGAACAUCAAAACUAGAGAUAUGCAUGCUGUAAAUACUUGUGAUAGUAAAGGCAUAAACGUUUUGAAACCCAGUGUCAAGUCAGGAUGCGACGGAGGAUCUGCUUAUAUGUGCAAUAACCAGCAGCCAUUCGUAGUCAACAAGACUCUUGCUUACGGUUUCGCUGCUGCUUCCUUCACCGGUGGUGUAGAUACCAACCUUUGUUGUGCCUGCUUCCUUUUAACAUUCCAAGGCCAGCUUUCUGGUAAGCAAUUGCUAGUGCAAAACACCAACUCUGGUGGAGAUUUGGGAGCGAACCAAUUCGAUAUUGCAACUCCUGGUGGUGGUGUCGGUAUCUUCACUAGUGGAUGUCACGACCAAUGGAAUGCACCAUGGAGUGGUUGGGGAGACCAAUACGGAGGAGUACAUUCGGCAGAGGAAUGUAACACUCUUCCACAAGAGCUGCAAUCUGGAUGCAGGUUCAGGUUUGAAUUCAUGGAGAACGUUUCGAAUCCCCAAGUUCAAUUCCAACAGGUUGUGUGUCCGAAAAAACUUGUUGAGAUAACCGGAUGUAAUUUGUAAUGGUUUUGAUUUUUUAUUGAAAUAAAGUGUUUUCUUCCA